ACACCUAAGUGAUAAAAAUAGUUUAAUUAAAAACCCUAUGGUUUGAUUAAAUUAAAACCCCGUUAAAAACACAAACUCAUAUAACCCCUCUGAUCCCCUGUGGUAUUUCCACACCUGAACACGCAUGCGCACACACACACGAAACUGGUCAAAUCGGUUUGGUUGGCCGCCAUCUUGGACCAGUGCCAUCGUAUUACUGAACGCGCAUGCGCACACGCACGAAACCGGUCAAACCGGUUGUCAAACCGGUUUGGUUGGCCGCCAUAUUGGACAGGUGCCAUCGUAUUACUGAACGCGCAUGCGCACACGCACACGCACGAAACCGGUCAAACCGGUUGUCAAACCGGUUUGGUUGGCCGCCAUCUUGGACAGGUGCCAUCGUAUUACUACUCUCAGUAGCUCAGUCUAAAAAUAACACAAUCGCACACGCAUGCCGUGAUAACAAUCCAUGGAUUUGUGUGGAGACUUUUGAAUAAACAAAGUUAUGACUGAGCUGAAGUUAAAACUCUGGUGUAACUUGAGACAGAUCUGGGAUUCAUUCUGGAAAGUUUUUGGAUUUCAGUCACGGCAGCUCUAAAAUUUCACUGAUAUAAACAGAAAUUGUUUUAAAACGUAAACAUUUGCAUUAAAUAUGGUCUAGUAGUGGCUGUAGCACAAGAGAUAGAAAAGGCCAUGUAUUAAUUAGAGGGUUGGUGGCUUGAUCCCUGGCUGCUCCAGUCUGCAGGUCAGAGUAUGGACAUGAUACUAACCCCAGAGGUUGCAAUCUGAUGUGUUCAUCAGAGCAUAAAUAUUACAUAGAAAGCACUGAGGCACAGAAAAACGUACAUACUUGUGUUAAAUAUACACUUGCAUAUAGAGAAUUAUUCUUUAACAAUCCUUGACAGGUGAAGGUUAUGUUUUUCUUGCCUUGUGCAGACCUAUUACUAUGACACUCCAUCGUGAGGAUAAUGGCAGCUGUUUGUUCUGGUAAGUAAUGUUUCUGAUUGGUUUCUAACAGUUUUUAUUCUUUCACUUGCAGUCCUGGUGGAGAUUUAUACUUAGUUCUUUUUGGGUCAGGCUUAUAGAGUUAUUAAAUCUUUUUUUAAAUGACAUUUUUGGCCAUUAGGAAAAAAACAGAAAUAAAGUUUCACUAAGAAUCUUUAGACGCUCCUAAAAACCUCUAGUCCCUGCUGCAAUCUGCACUCUAAGGGAUCAUCUAGGAAUAGUGAUUUUUUUUUUCCUGAGGUCUGAUUGGUCAGUAAGUGGAAUUUUCCUGCCAUUGAGUCUCUAAUUAGGAAAAUAAGAUGCCCUGGAGCAAGUUAGGUCUGCUACAUUGUGAUGUACCUUAGUAAAUGAAGCAACUUCAAAAUCCUGAAAAAAAAAAAAGAGUUAAAACUGAAGUUAAUCUGUAGCUCUGAGCAGGUCUGGGAUUAUUUUGGGGGUGAUCCAGUUUGUGAAACAGCUCUUCAGCAUUUGUUUGUGUGAUACAGCUUCAUGUGACUCCACCUGCAACAUUAGAGCAGUGAAGAGGUGGACCGGUCAACAAGCUCUGAUAGCAGCUUCCUAAAAUAAAACUUAAGUAACACCCCCACCCCCACGCUGGGGUCAGACUAGAUUACAGACAGACAGCUGGAGAACAGACGGAGGAAAGGACGAAGCUGAAACUCAAGGGAAACACUGGAUUUCUGACAGUGUGACAUCAUGGCAGGACCCAGGAUCUCUCGCUCCACAUCAUCUGCUUCCAGUCUGACUUCUGACGAUUAUUCUCUCUAUAGUAAUCUGAGUGAAGAAGAGCUGCUGCAGCUUGCAAUUGAGCGCAGCCUAACUGACACACAUGGCAACACCACCGAAUCCAACACCAUCAGUGCCAACAACACCAUCAGUGCCAGUACCCCCAGCUGUGUCCAGCCUUCUCAUUGUCCUGACAAACUGAACCCAGCCAUAAACACAAACCAGCCCAGCUACAGAGCUCAAAAUUCAUUUCAAGCACAGACCACAGCACACUACAGCUCACCAAACCCACCACCUCAAAAGCCUCCUGAUCCGAAGACAUUUGAUGGGACAAUCAGUCUGUUUGUCACGGGUUCUGGGAAGAGGAUGGUGGCAUAUCGCAGACAUGAUGGCAGUCUGGUCCACAUCUGUCCCGAACCUGAAGAGGAGGAGGAACCUUUGUUCAAAGCAAUCCGUGAAGGUGAUGCAAGCAGAGUGAAAGCACUUGCAAUGUGCCCAGGAACAAACUUGAUGUUGCCGAGUAAACCGGGCUGGCUGGCAGUUCACCAGGCAGCGUGGUUCGGCAAGGAAACCUGUCUGCGCAUGCUGCUGUCAGCUCAGCCUGGGAUGAUCAACAAGAGGACAGAACAUGGCGAGACAGCACUGCUGGUUGCCGUCAGUAGAGAGCAUCUGGGAUGCGUUGAGGUGCUCCUGGGAAGAGGAGCUGAUCCUGACAUUCCAAACUAUGACAAAGAGACACCACUGUACAAAGCCUGUGAGAGGAGCAACCCAGCAAUUGUGGCAGUGUUGCUGAACCACGGAGUAGUGGUGAACACUCGCUGCAUUCAAGGGUGGACAGCACUACAGGAAGCUGUUAGCCGAAACAACCUGGACAUCUGUGAGAUGCUCCUGAAGGCCGGUGCCAAACACAGCAUCAGCAACAUGUAUGGCAUCACACCACUCUUCACCGCUGCUCAGAGUGGGCAGCUCGCCACGCUGCGUUUUCUGCUCAAACAUGGUGCUGACAUCAACAGCCAGGCAGCUGAUGGCGCGACAGCUCUGUAUGAAGCCACUAAAAAUGGACAUGAACAAGUCGUUGAGCUUCUCAUUUCCCAGAAUGCUGAUGCCAACAAACCAGGAAAGAGGGGACUGCUACCUCUUCAUGUUGCCGCCCAGAGAGGAAGUGACACCAUAGUCUCCAUGUUGAUCCCAGCCACCAGUAAGGCCAGAGUCCGGCGGACUGGCAUUAGCCCUCUGCACAUGGCAGCAGAGCGUAACCGUGAUGAUGUCCUGGAGACUCUAAUCGGGGCAGGGUUCGAUGUCAACACCCAACUAUCAGAGGAGUGGUCUAGGUUGUACGAGGACCGCCGUAGUACGGCACUCUACUUUGCUGUUAUCAACGACAACAUCGAUGCUGUGCAAAUGCUCCUGACUGCUGGCGCUAACCCAAACUUGGAUGUGUUCAAGCCUGUGAUGGUAGCAGCAAGGCAGGGCUGCAUCCAGACCAUCACACUGCUUGUAGAACAUGGCGCUGAGAUCAAUGCUACCAUCCCCACCCACCCCACUACUUUCCCUGCCGUGUACAUGUUCUCAAUGAAGUACCUGCCUAUGUUCAAGUACCUGCUAGACCAUGGAGGCAAUGCCCUUUCCUGCUUCAAUUGUGUGUAUGGCAGUCGUCCUCACCCACCAAUCAAAACCAGUCGAACAGAGAGGGAUGAACUCCAUGAUAUCGACCAAGCUGUCCCAAGAAGAGCCAUUCAGUUCUGUGAGAUGAUAUCCGUCCCCAGUAUCUGUCGAUGGGCGGGGCCAAUUAUUGAUGUCUUGUUGGAUUACGUCGGCCAUGUGACUCUUUGCUCCAGACUGAUGGAACACCUGGACAGUUACUCUGAAUGGACCUGCAUAAAGGAGAAAGCGGCUCCACCGCGCCCACUGCUGCAGCUCUGCAGGCUGCAGAUUCUUCACCUGGUUGGUCGCCGUUGGUUGAAGAAGUUGCCACUCCCUGGGGGUCUGAUCCGUUUCCUGCAGCAUCAGGAGUUGAUGUAGAUUGACUGAUGUUUAUAAUCUGGAUGGUUUGACUGAGAGUUAUUGAUUAGCUCUGAUUUUUUUUUUUUUUUUAAGUUGGUACCCUGAUGGUGCUGGAGACAGCAGUGGUAAUCCACUCUUAAUGCUGCACGAACCUUUUUUUUUUUUUUAGUUUGGAUUUUGAAUAAAUAAAUGCCACAAGUCAAACCCCAGGGGGCACAAAGACUUGGCCUAAACAGCCAAGAUGACUCUGAACUGUCUCUGACCGAUUUUGAGUGAUUCAAAGUCCAGACUCAAAGGUUUUUU